CAGACUGACAAUGUUGUCAAAGUCAGAACUAAAUUACAAAUUGAUUUCUGUCUUGUGUUGUUGUUAUAAUAUUGAAUGUUCGAAAUUGUAUUUUCGUGUAUAAAUCACUAAAAAUCGGUUAAUACAUUUCACAACAACUUAGUUUCACAACAAAAAAGUAUCAUGAAAAUGUCCGAUUCUGAGGAUGAAAACCAAACAGUAAAAAGUUUUGAAGAAAUUCACGAUGAAAUUCAGAAAUAUAAAAGAAACCCAGAAACAUCGGGAAUGUUUGUGUCUGGAUGGGACGAUGCAGAUCAAGACGUUGAAGUUGUUAAGGAUCCGAAAGCCAACCCCAUCGAUUAUGUACUAUGGGCAGCAGAGAAUGGAGAAAUCUGUAUAUUACGUGAAUUAUUGAAAAAGCAGCCAGGUUUGGUUCAUGCUCAAGAUGGUGAUGGGUACACACCACUUCACCGAGCAGCAUACAGUAACCAUACUGAUGUAAUAUCAUACUUGCUGAGUAUUGGAGCCAAUAUCCACACAAAAACACAGCUUGGAUGGACAGCUUUACAUUCUGCAUCAAACUGGAAUAAUUAUGUGGCUGCUGCAAGACUAUUAGCUGCUGGUGCUGAUCCCGGGGCUCUGUCUGAUGGAGGUCAAACUCCAAUGCACCUCGCUGCAGCUAUUAGUCAUUGUAAGUCAACAUUAUUAAUUUUAUUCUUAAGAGAUGAUACUGUAGACAUUGCGCAUAAAACAAACAAUGCACAUGAAACUCCAGAACAGCUGGCUCAAAGACAUGGAAUCUAUGGCCCUCUCUUUGAAAUGAUGACCCCAGCAGUGUCAUACAUAAAAUCCAUAUCAUUUACUUGUAAUCCCUACUUGAGGCAGAAAUCUAUAUAAAUAAAAAAAAUAGAAAAUUUAUUUAAUUUUUCCUUUAUUUGUUUAACUGUAAUAACUUAAAAUCUGUGUAACAUAAAACUUAAGUUACUUUUCUUAUUCUGUAAAAUAUCAUUGUGUAGAUAUUUAUUUACAUUAUUAUUCCACUAAAAUCUAUAUUAUUGUGAAGACAGUUGUGUGGGUUAACUACGGACAAUAUGUACUCUAAUAUCUAAGUAGUGUUUAAACAAAAAAACAAUAGUGAAAUACAUGUUAUUAAUUAUAUAAUAUAUUCUAUAAUUUCUUUCUUAUAUAGGUUAAAACUAGAUCAUCUACACAAGAGCUAGACUUGCAUCAUGACAGAUACUAUAUUAUAAUUUCUAAAAUACAAUCACAGAAUACAGUAUGAUUUAAAAACAA